CGGCGUCGUCGAGCGUAUCAGACACGGGCCAGUGAUGGCCGCGGAAUUCGCGACGUGCGUCACAUCGGCAUCCGAGCGGCGAGGUUGUUUAUCGAGGUGACGCCGUCCCGGCGAAAAUCCACGCCUCUCGACCGUCGUCCAGUGCUACUCGUCGGGCUCGUUCGCGCUGGCUCGAGCGGCUCGAUUUCGCGCGUGUGUCCCGGACGUGUGCCGAUUCCGGGCGAAAGAGAGAGAGAGAGAGAGAGAGAGAGAGAGAGAGAGAGCGAGCGAGCGAGAGAGAGCGAGCGAGCAAGUGUACCCGACGGAACCGCUGCGCCGUGCCGCGCCGCGAACAGUCCCGCGCCGGAGCCGACGAGUGUGACGCGAGAGAGGGAGCGAGAGAGCGAGAGAGCGAUUAAACGGAGGACUACUAUCGGCUUGUCUCUCCUCGCGUGGUGAAUCUCAUGACGAGGUGGGAGUGAUAAGGGAUUACGUGGGAAGUUUCCGAGGAGGCACGGAACGCCGACUCCACGCCCCCGUCGGUACCCUUUUUUCUCGCAGGCUCGCUGGCGACACGCGCGCACAGAGCGCCCCAGGUAAGCAGUGAAAAUGGCGGAGGAAGGUGCGGGCGGAUCGGGCAACGGGAGCAGCGGGGAGACGAGCCGUCUGCAGCUCCUGCAGGAGAUGCGGCAACAGAACUUCGACACCAUUCGCUUCGCCUCGUAUCGCACCGCCUGCAAGUUGAGAUUCAUCCAGAAGAAGGUGCAUCUGCACAACGUCGACAUAUGGAACGUGAUCGAGGCGUUUCGGGAGAACGGUCUGAACACACUGGAGCCGUCGAGUACGUUAGGGGUGUCCAGGCUCGAAACACUACUGUCUUCCCUGUUUCAUGCGCUGAACAAGAGGGUGCCGGUGUCCCAGCAAGCUAAGGUCGACGCAACCACGGCCUUGCUGAUGAACUGGCUGCUAGCUGCUUAUACCAGCGGGGAGAACAAUAAAAUAUCCGUAUUCUCGGUGAAGGUAGCUCUGGCAACGUUAUGCGCUGGAAAGCUCAUGGACAAAUUUCGAUAUAUAUACUCGCAAAUAUCCGACAGCAACGGACACAUGAUACACUGGAGGUUCGCCGAUUAUCUGAAGGAAGUCCUAGCUCUGACAGCGGCCGUCUAUGAAUCUCCGUCGUUCGGCUACUCCGACGGUCUCGCUAAUUCCAUCUUUCCCCCGAACUCCAAAGUCACCGUGAACGAUUUUCUGGACACCCUCAUGUCGGAUCCCGGACCGCACUGCUUGAUCUGGCUGCCGUUGUAUCACAGAAUGGCAGCUGUGGAGACAGUGGCUCAUCCUAUAAUGUGCGACGCGUGUCACAAGGAGAAUUUCACCGGAUUCCGCUACAGGUGUCAGAAGUGUCACUCUUAUCAGCUCUGUCAAGAUUGCUUUUGGCGCGGUAAAGUCUCGGGCACACAUAACAACGAUCACGAGACGAGAGAGUACAGUAGUUUUAAGUCACCUAGCAAGCAGAUUGGCCAUUCGCUGCGGAAGAGCUUCAGAUGCGUGCCGGAAAAGGGGAAGAACAGCCUGCCGCGGUUUCCGGAACAACCCGAGAAGACGUUAGAUCUGUCGCACAUAGUCCCACCGUCACCUUUACCAUCUCACAACGGUUUUCCAGAUCCAGGUUUUAUGGCUCCCUUUGAUUCAGGAUCAGUGGACAGCCGUUCGACCCUGAGAAGUAUGGACAGUUCAAGACUGGACGAUGAACAUAAAUUAAUAGCACGAUAUGCACAAAGGUUGGCACAAGAAGCAAGGACCAUGCCUCGUACCGCAUCCAGAAUGUCCCAGGCAGAUCAAGCAGGCAGAGCACCGUCGGACGCGAACCUGGCAUCGUUGGACGCGUCGCGGGCGCAGCGUGAGCUUAUAUCGCAGUUAGAGGCAAAGAACAAGGAAAUAAUGCGCGAGAUAGCAAGGUUAAGAAGGCAACAAGAGAUAGAAGCGGCGGGUUUGGAGAAUCCGGCGUUAAUGUCUGAAUUGCGAGCACUGAGGCAACGGAAAGACGAGUUAGAGACGCAUCUGGCGACAUUGCAGGAUUCCAGGAGGCAGCUUAUGGUACAGCUAGAGGGUCUCAUGAAAAUGCUAAAGAAUCACCAAGCGUCGCCGCGAUCAACACCGAACAGUUCACCGCGGAGUACAAAGUCGCCGCCUUUGCCGCCUGGUGCUAUUCCCAGCAGCAGAUCGGCACCGCCGACUCCCGGUGGCCCUCUGUCCACGACACCGCAGCAGCAACAGCAGCAGCAGCAACAGCAGCAGCAGCAGCAGCAGCAAUCGCAGCAGCAUCAAAAUCAGCCGCAAAUCUCGCAGAGCUAUCAAAGUCCCGUUCCAACAACGACAGUGGCUAACGCGCAAGGCAACGCUAUGCUCGGCACGAUACAGAACCCUAUCCCUGAUAGCUUGUCGUGCGUUGGCGGCGAUGUAAGGUCUGCGUUCAGGACAAACAGCUUACCAGGGAGCGGCUCCAGCAGUGCCAAUAAUAGUUUGGGCCGAUCCUUAAGAAACGACUUACUGGUAGCCGCCGACAGCGUUACUAAUGCCAUGUCGACGCUCGUGAGGGAAUUAAAUUCAGACUCAGACCAGGAGGACCAUUCUCACAACUCUGGACGAAUGAACAUCAGAAAACCGCUAGACUUUGAAGCCGGCGAGGACGGGGACGACAGCAGCGGCGGCGGGAACUCCUGGCGGGAGGAGCUGCAGCGGCGCUACCAGCAGGAGAAUGACUUCCUGGCGGAGUUGCGGGCCCGCAACGUCAACAUGCCGCAAACGCCGUCGACCACGCUGUCGAGCGAUCAAGAGGAGCGUGGCGAGAGGGAGGAGGCCGAAGGAGAGAAGGAGGAUGAGAAUGACUCCAAUUGGGCGGAAGCGGUGAAGAGAUGGGUCAAUCGAUAAGCCGAUCUGGAAAGAGAAGGAUAUUAUGAUAUUGAGCGUUAGGUGUUUUUGUCGACGGUACGCGUUUGUUGAAGAAAUCGCUGGGAGGUGGAAGGUCGCGGCGACCGGACCACGGUCGUAUCACAUAUACACACUGCGGUCACAUACUUUGCGUAUACUUUGAUAUUAGUAUACAAUGUAAUACUCGAUAGAGAAUUGAAUGUCGUGCGAUAUCGGAAAGCUAUGGAUUCGUAAACUUGCGGUACUUGCGAUCGGGGAGAAUCUGGGAGCGGAAGCGCGAGCGAGAAAGGGAGACGACGGGCGUCUCUCUUCGAAAUGGCGAGGCAAGUACCGCGAUUAUCACUCUUAGAAUUGUAUUUGUAUAUCGCGAAGGAGCGAUACACGGGGCGCGGAGGGAUUUUGCUACUUCAUUCGUCUACAAUUUGCAACGUAAUGAGACUUGUAAGGUUUCAGCGACAAGGUGCCGGAGUCGCACACUUACUCGUAUGUAAGCGAAGGAGUCGCAAUCGAGAGGUGGAGGACACAACUGCGUUUCAUCGCGUUUCUUAAUUUAUUAUCUCGUGACUGUUAUAUUUGUAAUUAUCGUCGAGCGAAUUAGAGACGCAUCGUACGCAUAUAGCGCGCUGCUUAGGCGCGAUACGCAACGGUACUGCGUAUCACACACGUGUAAUUCCAUCGCUUUGACAUUCAUUUGUAAGGGAGUGCGCGUAUAUACUCAUUCACUCACUCACUCACUCACUCACUCACUCACUCACUCACUCACUCACUCACUCACUCUCUCUUCUCCUCUCCACGCAAAACGGAACACGCAAGCGACGAUUAGUCGAGAUCUUGGUUUCGUCGUCUCGUAAUAUAUUCAUCCUAUUCAAGACAUCUAUAUCAUAGAGAUCAUGCGAGAGGAAAUUUUGCACACACUCAAGUUACACACCAUUGACCAAAACUCGAACUAGUUAACUACAGCAGCGAACGCGACUGCGAUUAAACCAAUUUUUUAAUAUAAACUAUACGAGCGUGAUUUAGCGUGAACUUAGUUUGAGGAAGCCAAAGUGUGUGUGUGUUUUUGUACAUUCGUACCGGCUCGGAGUACGCGAUACACCAUUAGGUAAGAGGUAAUAUAUAUAAUACGUGUGCGGAUACGAGAGUGUGUCGAUGCACGCCAUAGAUUUCGCUUCGAACGACGUCUUUGCAUUCGACCGCAUUUUUAAUUGUGGGAGCGCGAAGAGAGUACAGGCGAACGAAGCUAGUCUUACGUACAAAGUACUUAUCUUUCAGUUCCUAGGAUAGAGAGCAUUCCGAUUAACGAUCCAGUUCUUAGAUCACUACUGUUAUCAACCCUCGAACGGUGGGAUCGAUUGGACGGAUUGUCUGCAAGCCAUACCGAGAUGUUCAAUGCGCGUAGAACAAUAAUCUUCGAUGAAUUUUGACCGCUUUACAUCUAAUUAUUCACUCCCCUCCCCCCUCCUCCCGUUCAAAAAAAGAACGAUGCUGCGUAAGAAGGAAGAUCAGAGGAGCGUAAAGAGAGCAAGGUGAAACACGUAUCCUUCUCUCAUGUACCUGAUCUUAACACUUUACUUAUCAGCACCGUCAAUAGAAAGACUAUCAACAGGCUUCCGGGCGGUAAAGGAUUUCUUUUCUAUUAUUGAACCAACGUACGCUUUCGUAACUUAAGAAGAAACAAGUCGAGACACGGUUGAAACUUGUUGGAGCAAAAACCAAACUAAUAUGCGAGGCUCAACAAUAGAAAACAAACCUAAUGUUUCAAGUGAUCCAGUGUCGGCCGGACGAGGGUUAAUAAGAAAACUGACGCAUUUUGUAAGAUUUAUCUCUAGCAUGCCCUGUCCGAAAUAUCCUAUGUACAUACGAUACGUAUACAAUUUCAGAAUUUCUUUUGUCUAUCACUUCACGUACGAAAAUGUAGCGCCUAUAUUAUACGAAUAAAAAUUUAUAGAUACA